UCGAAAGAUGGCUCACUAUUUUGAGACUUUCAGUCAGUGUUAAUAAAAGCACUGGAGACAACUACUGCUCUUUGCGUCAGUUUCAGAAGGAACUUUUCUCUUGCCUCAUUAUAAGUGCAGACAUUUCUUUGGAAGAAAAAAACAGAAAUCUUAUCUGCAACUGCUUCUAGAUAUAAACGUGGAUGUAUUUGAACAUCUGCUGUGUUUGCAUUCGCAUUAUGAGGAACAUCUGGCAGAACCCAAUCAGGACAAUUGAUGGGAAAAGCCUUGAGGAGAGGGAGGAUACCAAGGUUUCUCUAAAUUAGAAGUACCAAAAACAAUGCAGAUCCUGACAGUGCCUUGAGUGGUUGUUGAUGGAGAGACCUGAAAUUAACGGUAGGGAGAUGGAAUGACAGCUGCAAUGAGGAAAUCUUGAACUGGCACCUAAACAAUCAUUGGGGAAGCUUUGGUGGGAUAGGAAGGCUCAGCUGCUGAGAGAGGAGAUAUAAGGAGCAGAGUGGGUGAAAGGGGAAGAGUGUGUGGAUGGCGAAGGGGGAACUACAAGGCUGCAACAAGCUGGUUAUGAAAGUGAUCAUGAUGAGCUUCCUUUUGGUUCCGGCCCUCCUGCUACCUGCUGUUGAGAGUGAUCACAGUCAUAUCGCAAGAGGAGAAGCUGCCCUGCAUCCUCGGAGAGGUCUGGGGCCUUGCUUUCCAAACCCAUGUUCUCACCAGGGAAAUUGCACUGUAGUUGAAAACACUGCAAGUUGCACCUGUAAGCCAGGCUUCACUGGCCCACACUGUAAAGAAAUGAUGGUGAAGCUGCAAUGCGAGGAGGAGUUCAUGAGCAUGCUGGUGAGAAAGGAAGUGUUUGAGAUGCUGAGGAUCCCCUUGGCGUCGCUCCACCUGAAUGGUCGUGCCUGCCAGGUCUCCGAGCAACUCGUCGAUGGGAUGAAUUACUUUGGUGCAAGGCUGACUGGGGAGAACCAUACAACCUGUGGCUCUGAGAUUAAGGUCAAUGGUUCUCAUGUGUCUUACGCCAAUGUGAUUGAGUCUGAAGGCGAGGACCAGGGUGUGAUCACCCGGAGCAUCCUUACCCGGGUGCACUUCUCCUGCGUCUAUACCUACAAGCGUGUGGUCAGCAUGCUGUACCCUCUCAAGGCUGUGGACAAGAUUGUGCAGUUUGCAGUCAAGGAAGGGGACUUCAAGGUGACCAUGGCACUGUACGAGAGUGCCACCUAUGAGCAUGCCCACCAUGCUUCACCACUGUCGCUCCCCAUCACAGACAUCCUCUAUGUCCUCCUGCAAAUAGAAGGGCAAGAUCAGGUGAAGUACUUCUUCCUGAGUGUGGAGGACUGCUGGGGGACUCCGUCAAGCAACCCACACGACAGCACAAAGCACUUCCUGACCAUGAAGGGGUGUCCCCAUGACAAGACACUGACUUUCCUAAAUGCCAUUGGAACCAGCACUGUGGCAAAGUUUAGCUUCCAGAUGUUCCAGUUCAGAAACUUCUCUCAGGUGUUUCUGCACUGCCAAGUACGCCUCUGUGUACCAGAGAACCAGGAGCCCUGUGCCAAGCAGUGCCCCAGCAAGCAAAAAAGCAAGAGGGAGCUGGUUGAUGAGUACAGGAAGAUAAUCUCCUAUGGUCCUAUUCAGUUCGUGGCCUCAUCAUACCUGGAAGCAUGGAAUACUAAAGACCAACUCUCCCUUUGGAGACUGCAGCUGUGGAUCCCUGGUGCCGUGGUUUCAGCAGGCAUUGCUAUAGCCUUUAUCUUGAUUGCUGUUGCAAAAGCCAUGAAGAAAUGAGCAACCUGUAAAACAAAAAUGCACAGCAGAAUUCCAAAUAAAUCUGAUAAUUGCAA